GUGGCCUCGGGGCUUGAAGGGGCUGAUUUCCUGGUGGGGUGGACCUGGGAGAACGCGGUGUCUCCUCCCAGGGCGGGACUGGGGCCAAACCCCUUUGUUCCGCAUUCCCGGAGAGGCAACAGGGAGCAUUCGGGAUUGGGGGGCUCGGGGCCGUUGGAGCCCCGCCCUGCUCCGGCCCCCGGGGGGCACGGAGGAGGAGGAGGGGGAGAGGGGACGGUGCACCAUGGUGGAGGUGACAGUGACACCGCGGUCCUCGCUGGCUGACCGGCCGGUGCAGGUCCGGGUGCGGGGACUGUCCCCAUCCCAACUCAUCACCCUCCGCGCUUGGCUGAAGGACGAGCACGGCGAUUGCUUCCAGUCCCGCGCCUUCUUCCGUGCUGAUGGAUCGGGAGAGGUGGAUCCCGGGAGCCACGCCGCGCUGGGAGGCAGCUACUCCGGCGUGUGGCCCAUGGGGCUCUUCUGGUUCCUGCAGCCCGACACGCUUUUCCGCCGGCUGGUGAAGCGGGAUGUGGCCGGGAGCCCCUUCCUGGUGCGGCUGGAAGUGUUCGAUGGGCUCCGGCUGGGCACAGAGCCGCAGGAGCAGCCGCUGGGAUGGUGCGAGGCCGAGCGGUGGUACGUGGGGCCUGGAGUGCAGCGGGUGCCCGUCCGUGAGGGAAGGGUCCGAGGGGCCCUGUUCCUACCUCCUGGUCCAGGCCCCUUCCCGGGGGUGAUUGACAUGUUCGGAGGUGCAGGGGGGCUGAUCGAAUUCCGGGCGGGACUCCUGGCCAGCCGGGGCUUUGCCGUGCUGGCCCUUGCCUUCUUCGCCUACGACGACCUGCCCCGAGUCCUGGCCCAGCUCGACCUGGAAUACUUUGAGGAGGCAGCGGAUUUCCUCCUCCAGCAUCCCAAGGUGCGAGGCCCCGGCCUGGGCGUGGUGGGUGUCUCCAAAGGCGCGGAGGUGGCCCUGGCCAUGGCCAGCUUCCUGCCGCAGGUGGUGGCCACGGUGUGGAUCAACGGCACGGCCUUUCUCCACGGCAACCCCCUGGUCUACAAGGACCUGCACAUCCCGCCCAUCCCUUACCGCUUGGAGCGCGUCCUCCUCACUGAGGUGGGAGCCAUGGACAACUCGGCCGUCUUCGCUGACCCCCGGGACCCCGCCUACCGCGCCUCGGCCAUCCCGGUGGAGAAGAUCCGUGGGAAGGUGCUGUUCGUGGUGGGAGAGGCCGACCGGAGCUUCAACAGCAAGCUCUUCGCCCAGCUGGCCCUGGAGCGGAUGCCUCCAGAGAGUGGGCGGCUCCUGUCGUAUCCUGGUGCUGGGCACCUCAUCGAGCCCCCCGGCUCUCCCCUGUGCAGCAUCUCCAGCAUCCGUGGCACCCCCCGGCCCGUGGCCUGGGGGGGGGAGCCCCAGCCCCAUGCCCGUGCCCAGGAACAUUCCUGGCACGAGAUUGUCCAGUUCCUGGAGCAGCAGCUGGGCCCGGCUGCCGCCAUGAAGCUGUGAGGGAGUGGGAAAGGGGGUUGGGAAUACCGGGAUUGGUGCCAAGGGGAAUAAAGUGGCACCC